GUUCAGACUACAGGCAGUUCCUAUGGUGAGACAGAAAGUGCAAGCAACAGGAGUGAGAAGGCUCUCCUGGUAGACCCAUGUAGGAACUUCCACUGCAAAAGAGGUAAAGUCUGCCAUGUGGACAAACAAGGGAAACCCAGCUGUAUUUGCCAAGAUCCUGCUGCUUGCCCUUCCACCAAAGACUACGAGCGUGUUUGUGGUACAGAUAAUAAGACUUACGAUGGCACAUGUCAACUCUUUGGAACCAAAUGUCAACUUGAAGGGACAAAAAUGGGACGCCAGCUGCACCUAGACUAUAUGGGCUCCUGCAAAUACAUCCCCCACUGUACUGAUUACGAAGCAGAUCAGUUUCCACUCCGGAUGAGAGACUGGCUUAAAAACAUUCUUAUGCAAUAUUAUGAACGUGAUCUGCAUACUUCUGGAUUUCUAACUGAAAAGCAAAGGAGUAAGGUCAAAAAAAUCUACCAGAAUGACAAACACCUCAUGGCUGGCGACCAUGCAGUUGAGCUGCUCCUGCACGACUUUGAGAAAAAUUAUCACAUGUAUGUGUAUCCUGUGCACUGGCAGUUUCAUCAGCUUGAUCAGCACCCUGUUGACAGAUUAUUAACACGCUCAGAACUUGCACCUUUGAGAGUCUCUCUUGUUCCCAUGGAACACUGCAUAACCCGUUUCUUCCAAGAAUGUGAUGGAGACCAAGACAAACACAUUGCUUUGAAGGAAUGGUGCCACUGCUUUGGGAUUAAGGAAGAAGACAUAAACGAAAACCUCCUGUUCUGA